CAACAUUCCAACAAAAGCAGGAUGAAUAAUGGGUUUUGUACAGCUGUCUGUCCCACAUCUGUCUCUCUUCGGGCGUCAUUAAAUUAUCUCAAGGAAUACUAGAUGCCGGGCCUAGGAGUUAUAAAACGAUAGUGUUCCCGCUUUGAAUGUGAUCUGUUCAUCCGUCUACGAGCGAGGCAUACUCUACUUCCGGCCAACGCCUCUCCCCGCUCCCCAGGCACCAACCAACAAAAAGUAUACAUACCACGGAUUACCGGAAAAAUGGACCACUCAAUGCAUCAAGCCGGGAUGGACCAUGGACAUGGGGAUAUGGAUAUGGGCGACCAAUGUAGCAUGAACAUGCACUUCACCUUCUCCUCACACAACCUUUGUAUAAUUUUCAAACAAUGGCGCAUAACAGGACCCUUGUCUCUUCUCUUCUCACUGGUCGCCAUUGCGCUUCUGACCGCUGGCUACGAGGGUGUUCGCGCGUUGGCGCGCCGUUAUGAAGCAAGACAUGCACUGGCGUUGAAAGAUGGGACGAUACCUCCUGCCGGAGGAUACACAUUUGAUGACGAGACGCCGGAUGCCAUCCAUGACAAUAAUGACAAUGACAACGUGCUACCCACUUCCACUGCCCCCCUCCUUUCCAACGCCACCAAUAACGGUGAACCAGCUGGCUCACUAGUCUUCACAGCACGGACCGAUAGGAGGCGGAGGGGCAAGCUGGUUCUUGGGGCCCUCUACGCUGUGCAGGUCUUUUAUAGUUUUAUGAUUAUGCUUCUUUUCAUGACAUACAACGGCUGGAUUAUGCUGGCGGUGGCUGUCGGGGCGUUUUUGGGAUACAUAACUUUUGGAGGCGAGGCGACUAAGCCUGCAUCUUGUCAUUGAUCGUUGCCUAUUGCUGGAUUCAUAUCCCUCCCCCCUCUCUUUGGGUUUUUUUUUUUUUUUUUUGGCUCGGUCAAUGCACAUGCGUUACGUGGAGGAUGUAUAUAUGUAGAUAUAUACAUGUGUAUCUGUUCCUGUCUACACCUUCCUGAGUGGCCUGUGUGUAAGGGCUUCAUCAUUACAUCAAGCACGGGCUUUAAUAGUAUAUCGUCGGUCUUCACUUGCUGCUUAUUUGCUGCUUAUUAUGGAAGUUAUAUCACAAGUCCCAGUAAUCCCUGUUAUUAAGGGUUGUCAAUCAAGGCAUUUAUACGGCUUUAAACGAAUUUUGUAUAAUACAAUUCUAAUUAUAUCCGUACCCCUCCUCC